AUGCCCCAAACUGAAGCCCGUGAAGGCACUUCCCAACCCGAGGAACGGCUCGAAGACGUCGAGCUCGACGAGCCGCCGAGGCCCAGCUCCUCCUCCAGCGCCCCCGAAUCCAUUCACGAUCUCACGGCCGAUGCCGGCCCACUACCCGAGAAGCCGCCCCGAUCCUCCAGUCUAUCCAGUGACCCGACUGGGCAUGGGAACAAAGCGGCCGAUAUGCAGCACAAACUUCCGGAACCGGCCGCGGAUUUCGUGCCGCAUCAACGGAAAUCCACUCGAAUGGACGGGAUGAGCUGGCGAUAUGUGGUGCUCGGCCUGACCGUGUUGGCCCUGUCGUCCGUUAUGGCCAAUAUCGUCGCGUUCAACUUUACUGUGCUCUGCAUGCCAGCCACUGACGAGCCGACCAAUAGAAAUGGGACCUACGAGGGCUACACAAAGCACGAUCGAACGUGGCUGUUCUCUGCUGUGGCUUUAGGGGCUCUGUGUGCCGUCGUCCCGACGUCCAUGCUCAUCUCCAGAUUUGGGACACGAAAGAUCUUCUUCGCGGCCGGUCUCCUCUCCGCCCUGGCCACGCUUUUUACGCCGUUUGCCGCCCGUUCUCAUCUCCUCGUGUUCGUCGCCCUCCGAUUCGUUCAGGGCAUCUCCUUUGCUGCCUGCAUGCCGGUGGUAGGUGCCGUGACAUCCGCCUGGUCCCCCCUCGGCCAGGCCGGCCUUUUCAUGAGUGCCCUGACAGCCUUCGGGCAGUUGUCGGCCGUGUUCAGCAACCCGUUGUCCGGUCAGCUCUGUGCCUCCCCACUGGGCUGGAGCUCCGUCUUCUACUUGCACGGCGGACUGGCGUUGGCCAUCUUCACCGCAUGGUUUUUGGUGUAUCGUGAUGAUCCAGAGAACCACUCACUCGUGUCGCGCCGUGAACUCGCCGAGAUCCGGUCCGGCAAAAACGAGGAGAGCUACCGGAAUGCGACGAAAGAAGAUGAAGAAGUUCAGAAGAUCCCCUACUUCCAGAUACUAUCCACACCCUCCGUUUGGGGCGUCUGGGCCGGGGCGCUCGGGGAUUUGAUCGCUAUUCAGCUGAUCCACACCUUCUCGCCCCUCUACAUCAAGACGGUGCUCGAUUUUUCGAUGGAAAAGACCGGAUGGUCGGCAGCGUUGCCUGUACUCUUUCAGUUUAUCGUCAAGGUCCUCGCCGGCCACAGCUCCGACCGAAUCCACGGCAUCUCCGAGACGACCAAGUUGCGCAUCUACAACUCGAUCGCCCUCGGCGCGAGCGCCGCUUUUAUGAUCGUCUUGGCGUUCGUCCCCAAAGGGCAUCCAACGCUGGGCAUGGUGCUGAUCACCCUCACCACGUCGAUGUUCGGCUUCAACGGCGGCGGUUUCAACAAGUGUGCCGCCCUGGUCUCCCGACAAUAUUCGCACUUUGUGCUGGCCAACAUUCAGUUCCUCUGGUGUCUGGCGAUGCUCAUCUGCCCCGUGUUGGUGGGCCUCCUUCUGCACAAGGGCUCCGUGGAGGAGUGGAGAACAAUCUUCAUCCUGCACGCCGUCAUCCUGCUCGUUACGAACGGCAUCUUCUGCCUCCUCGCCACGGCCAAGCCGGCCACCUGGACCGACAAGUCGAUCAAGUCGGCGUCAAAGCGGCGCACACCGUGGUUGCGGCUUGUU